UCAAUGGACAUUUGACAUUAGGAAACGAAAACACGAACUAGAUUUACGUUUACAUAGAAUUUUCUUUUUAAAAUGACUUCGUUACCCGCGGUUCAAAGGUCAGCUUGUAUAUUUUGUAACAUAGCUAACAAGCUAGAACCCACAGAAAUUAUAUAUGAAGACGAAGAUGUCUGUGUUUUUCCCGAUAUAAAACCUGCGAGCAAAUUACAUCUACUUGUAAUACCUAAGAGGCAUGUAGAAGACGUGAAAUGCUUAACGCCGGAAGAUAAAGAUCUCGUUGAUAAAAUGCUGUCAAUAGCUCACGAACAGUUAGCGAAAAACAAUUUACCGCUUGAAGACUCUCGGCUGGGCUACCACUGGCCUCCAUUCCGUAGUGUGAGACAUCUACACUUGCACACGAUUGCGCCGGCGUCUGACAUGGGCUUUAUAUCGCGGCUCAUAUUUAGAAAGGAUUCAUACUGGUUUGUUUCUCCGGACUACGUCACAUCGAGGCUAUGAUGUGAUCUCUCUUCAAUAGCUUAGAUAAUUUGAAUGGAAUAUUAUGUACUUUUCCUGAUUAAUAUAAUCCACUUAAUAAAAUUUAGGUCGAAUAAUAUGCCAAAAAUCAGUUCAAUUAGUAAACUUGUAUUAAAGCUGCUAGCCUGUGAUGCAAGGACGAAGAAAAGAAGAGGCUGGCCUAGUUAAUUUGACAAUAAUUAUAUAUUUUAACAUUCCUAAAUGAAAAAUAAGUUAGUUUUGAUUUUUAAUCGCUCUAGAACGUUUUAAUGCCAUGUAAAUAUACAUUUAUUUAGUUUGUUUUCUUGGUAUGUUAAUUAUGUAUAAUAAAGAAUUUGUCCUGGGUAAAAA